AUGGAUUUGAAAUUAAUUUGCCAAGAAAGCGCGACAAAUGCGUCAACAACAGAAGCAGCGACAGUAACCUCUAUGACGAUUAAUAGUAAGAACAAAGCGAUUGAUUUAAAAAUCGACAAUGAUAAUUCGCAACAAACUCAAUCUUUGCCACCAUCGGAAUUCGGCAAUGAUAACAAUGCUAUUGCACCGACAUCAACUUCUCAAUCUCAUUCUCAAUUACAACAAUUUCCAUCGCAACAACUUACCGCUGUUGCUGUUACUUCUCAGCCAUCAUCAUCAUCUAGAUCAUCUACUCCAUCUGCUCCUCCUCCACAAUCACACUUGCAACAAGGACAACUUUUAACUCCUCCAUAUAAUAAAGAGGGUCAUAUUUCGGAUUUAAUAAAUAAAACCUUCGAAGUACUCUAUGCUUUAAAUGCUCUGAAAGAUGAGACCAUUCGGAAGGGUCCUAAACGAUUGGCACCCCCGGGAAGAUGUCACUCGUGUAACAUACAAGAAACACCCGAAUGGCGUCGAGGCCCUGAUGGAGCAAGAACUUUAUGUAACGCUUGUGGUUUGCAUUUCGCCAAAUUAACAAGAAAACGUUCACAAGCUGCAAUGUUGGAACAUCAAAGAUUCCAAGAAUAUUAUACACGCUAG